GGAAGGGGCGGGACCGGGGUGCGGUCACUUUGUGUCGGAGCGAGAGCAGCAGACGGACAAUGUUGGGCCGAGUGGUGGCGGCUCUCGUCUCCUUUCUGAAGUCACUGGUUAACGUUUUCCUGAAGAUACUUGGUCUCAAGAAAACAGGUCCGCCAAUCACACUCGAAGACCCAAAUGUCAAAUAUGCAUUGAGACUGAUCGAUAAGGAGGUGGUGACCCGUGACACCAGGAGGUUCCGCUUCGCCCUCCCAUCCACAGAUUAUGUGCUGGGACUGCCGAUUGGGCAGCACAUCUACCUGUCAGCCAGGGUGAAUGGGCAACUGGUGGUCAGACCCUACACCCCCGUCUCCAGCGACGAUGACAAGGGAUAUGUGGAUCUGGUGAUCAAGGUUUACUUCAAAGGAGUCCAUCCCAAGUUCCCUGAAGGAGGUAAAAUGUCCCAGUACCUGGAGAAUCUAAGAAUCCAGGACAGCAUUGACUUCCGGGGACCCAGUGGCCUGCUUGUUUACAAGGGAAAAGGACAGUUUGCCAUUCAGCCAGAUAAGAAAUCUGAAGCCAAGAUCAAGGAGGUUAAGAAAGUGGGCAUGAUUGCUGGUGGAACAGGCAUCACCCCUAUGCUGCAACUGAUACGAGCGAUUGUGAAGGAUCCCAAUGACCCCACAAUUUGCCAUUUGCUGUUUGCCAACCAGAGUGAGAAGGACAUUCUUCUGCAGUCUGAGCUGGAAGAGAUUGAGGCAGAGAAUCCUCAUCGUGUGAUAAUCUGGUACACCUUGGACAAAGCACCUGAAGGCUGGAAGUACAGUGAGGGAUUUGUGAAUGAACAGAUGAUUCAGGAGCACUUACCCCCAGCAGCAGACGAUGUUCUCAUCCUCAUGUGCGGUCCUCCGCCGAUGAUAGAAUUCGCCUGCAACCCCAACCUCGACAAACUGGGCUACAGUCAGGAUGCACGCUUCGCAUUUUGAGGAGCUUCUGUCCUGAAUUAGUGUAAUGGCUACGAUUCCAUUUUAUAUAAGUUACCUGCUUGUUGGCAUUUUACAAUUUAUUAUUAGAGCUAAAGUAGAAAAGCAAGGGUUUGAGUCGAGCGAUCUCAGCUAGCUGAGCCUCUAUAUGUUUCUGCUUCAUUGUAAAUUUGCACCAAUUUUGGGAGAUACUCUCUGCUCUGGGAGCAUGGAAACAGCAGAGACAUGCCCUAACAGUGUCUGCUCCUUUAAGCUGAGGGCUUGCAUUGGGCUGCAGUGACCGACUAUCCUGUCUAGAUGAUGAAACAAAAUUUGGUUGUGUGGCUGAGGUGUACGUGAUAGGAUGUAAUGUAUGUGCAUAAGGUGGGACUUCUGGGAAUGGACACUAUUUCUAGUUACAGAAUCAAUGUGACGAUCAUGUCUAGAGGAAUUAGAAUCCAGUUUAAUAUCACUGGCAAGUGGUGAAAUUUGUUUUGCAGCAGUAGAUUGCAAUACAUACAAACAACUAAAUUGGUGUGAAAUAUAUAAAAUCAAGUAGUGCAAAAAGAAAGCAAAAGAAAAAAAAAGUGUUCAUGGGUUCAUUGUCCAUUUAGAAAUCUGAUGGCAGAGGGGAAGAAGCUAUUCCUGAAAUGUUGAGCAUCUCUCUUAAGGCUCCUGUACUACCACCUUGCUGGUAGCAAUGAGAAGAGGGCACAUCCUGGCUGAUAGGGGUCCUUAGUUAAGGAUGCCAGCUUUUUGAAGGAUUAUUGCAAGUUGGUUUUUUUGGCAUCACUUCAGUCUGAAAUGGAGAUUAGAGGAGUUUUUAAAACUAACAUUUGCUUUAAUGAAUGCUGUAGUAUAUGUGAGAUAAGCCAGAUAUUGAAAUUUAUGGAUGGAUUCUCCAGCCUUGCUUUGAGGAAACCCUCAAAGAUUUUGAGUUAAUUUCCUGACCAAGGGAAUGUCAUUUUGGCACCACUGAGACUAGGUGUUGAGGCAUCGCCCAUCAUUAAGGACCUCCAUCACCCAGGACAUGCCUUCUUCUCAUUUACCUUUGAGGUGGUUGUACAGAAGCCUGAAGAGACACACUCACUGUCUGUCCAACAGCUUCUUCCCCACUCCUAUCAGAUUACUGAAUGGACAAUGAACCCGUGAACACUAAAAUCAGUCUGUUUCCUCUUUGCACUACUUAUUUUUACAAACAGUAUACUUGUUAUAAUUUAGUUUUUAUUAUGUAGCGUAAUGCAUGGGUCUCAACCUGUAACGUUGACUAUUUAUUCCUUUCCACAAAUGCUGCCUGAACUGCUGAGUUAAUUUUCCCCAACUAACCUGCAGGAGCCGGGCCAUGAUGCAUUCUACUGCAGGUGUUUGCAGGACUUCAUAUUAGCAGAAUGUACACUACAGAAUUGUAAUCUUGUGCACUGUCCACACCCCUUGUAAUAAUAUAGCUAAAUAAAGAUUGAAUGGUAUUUCUCAAAUUA